AUGGCUCGGCGCGGCGCGGCCCGCGGGGAAGGCGCCGUGCGCGGGUCCUGCCGGCGCCGCCUCCGCCCCCCGCCCUCGGCGCGCACCGCGCCUGCGCGAGCGCUCCCGCGUGACGGGCCGCGCGCGGCCAAUCGGAGCGCGGGGAAGGGGCCGCGAGACGCCGGCGCGCGGAGGGUGCGCGUGCGCGGGAUGCCCGCGCUCCUGGGGCCAGACGUUUACGAGCGAUUUUAUAUAGUCUUUAAAACGGGAGGAGAGAGUGCGCCAGGCCAGAACAACCAGAACGGGUGCUCGCGAUUGAUUUGGGAACGCGGCGGGGACACUUCCACCCCCGCGCUCCUGCGGGUCCCGAGCUGCGGGUGGAGCCCGGCGCGGCCCCUCAGCAGCCCCGGCCCUGCCCGUGGGCGGUCCCUGCGCGGCCCCGCCCGGCUCGGCUAUCGCGGCCAUGGCGCUGGCGGUGACUCGGGGCGCGCUGGCGGGUCCGUGUCGGUGCUGGGCGGUGUUUGGGAGCGGGGGGUUGGUUGUGUGUGUUGUCCGGCUGUCACAGUGUGUGCUGAGGGUCUCUCCGUGUCCCCCCCAGGGAUCCUGCGGCGCUGGGCCCCCCGGGCGCUCCCGCUCUCCGCCCUCCCCGCACGGUGUGCCGGGCACGGACCGGCCCCGGCCCCGCUCCGGGCCCCGCUCUGGGCACCGCGGCUGCUGGAAGGGAACCGGCCCCGGGCAGCGGCACCCUCGGUGAUCAGCAGUGUCACACCUCUACUUCCAAGUAUACUCCAGCAGCCAGCGAGGACUCUCACCUACUACGGCGUACGGAAAGGGAAGAGGAAAAGCGUGAAAUCCGUUGUCAAAAGGUUCCUCCGACUGCACAACGGCCUCUGGGUUAGGAGAAAGUCUGGUUACAAGAAGAAACUGUGGAAGAAGUCGGCUUCCCAGAGGAAGCGUCUGAGGGAGUUCGUGCUGUGCAACAGGACACAGUGUAAACUCCUGGAUAAAAUGACCACUUCCUUCUGGAGAAGGAGGAACUGGUACGUUGAUGAUCCCUACCAGAAGUAUCACGAUCGCACGAAUCUUCAGGUGUAGAAACCUCGGGUUGGUUUUUGCACCUCUGUAAGAAGGAAGGGGGCUUGGUCCUGUGCCCACGGUCUGGAUGUUGGAACAUUGAUCUGCAGUGCCUGUAACUUUGCUAAAUAAACAUGUGCGCAUCAUCUGAGCGGAAUUAUGGGAGUCAGUGCCCAAAAUAAAGGAAUGUCCAGGAUUCUCU